UUAAUCCCAUAGUACUUUGGAUUUUACCAUUUUUUCAAGAUUUUAAAUUGGACAAAAUGGUCGUCGUCGUUUCCCUUAUAAGCGGUAGGCCUAUUGGCCUGUCUGCUGCGGUGUGGAACCUGUUGAGGAUGAGCCUGAGGUAUCCGUGAGUUUCCUCCUUGGUCUCCCUCUGCUUCUCUUCCCCGUUGGUGUAUAUUGGAGAACCUGUUUUGGUGAUCUUGUUUCCUCCAUCCUUUUGACAUGAUUUCUCCAAUCUUUCCUAUUACUGUUUUAUCUUCUUCAUGACUGGCUUCACUCCGAGAUCUGCUGUUAUUUUCUCGGAUGGGACUCUGUCUCUGAGAGUCACCCCUGCCGUUCUCCUCAUGAACUUCACCUCUGCUGCCGUUAUUCUUCUUUUAUCAGAUUUCUUCAGUGCCCAUACCUCGCUUCCAUACGUCAUCAUUGGUAUUGCUAGGGUAUUGUACACCUUCAAUCUUGUUUCUUUUCGCACCUUACUGCUUCUCAGGGUCCUAUUUAUCAGUCCUGUGACUCUCAGGAACUUUGCAAUCUUUCCACCAACAUCUACUUCUCCCUAGUAUGAUAUUGUGUUUCCCAGGUAUUUGAAAUUGUUGACCUGUUCAAUGAUUUUUCUAUUUAUUACAAUCUUGCUUCUUACUGGCUCCUUUCCUUUGAAGGCCAUUGUUUUUGUUUUCUCUGAAGAUAUUCUCAUAUCAUACUUUUCUGAUGUCUUUGUUAAAUUAUACAUUGAUCUCUGUAGGUCAUCUUCUGUUUCGGCUAGUACUGCUUGAUCAUCUGCGAAUAAUACUGUUGAUAUUUCUUGCCUUCUGUCUGUCUUGAUUCCUUUUGGCUUCAUUUUCUGCCAAUGGCAUUUAUUAAAUCUUUCCAUCAAAAUUACCUUUUUUUUCAAGUCGACAAAAUGUCUUCACUUAGGUAUGGGUAUGUAUUACGUAAUAACGUGCUAUUUUUCCUUGUUUUCCUUGCCAGUAGACACCCUAAUUAAGUACAUAGGUAAAGUACUUUAGAUUUUAGCAUUUUUUCAAGAUUUCAAAUUGGACAAAAUGGCGUUUAUUCAUAAAAAUUGAAAAAAUUGAAAAAAAUAUAAAACUGCAAAAAUUUUGAAACAUUGAAAACAUUAAAAUUGAAAAUGAUUGAAAUACAGAAAAAAAAUUGUGAAAAUUGAGACCUUGUACCUCGCACCCUCGCUUCGCUCCUGCGCUUCGCCAGUAUUUGGGGGGACUUUAUUUCCCCUGCACCCCCUUGGGUAUCGCCCAAUUACCUCCUGCGGAUGUUUUUUUUUCGUGUUCAGCGUUUCGCUUGAACUACUCGCACCCUCGCUUCGUUCAUGUGCUUUGACUGUGUUCAGGGGGGGGGGCGCUGAACCCCCCCUUGGGCUUCGCCCAACUACCUCCGGCCUUCACGUGUUUUUUUCAUGUUCUGCGCUUCGCUUGAACUACUCGCACCUUCGCUUCGCUCAUGUGCUUCGCCUGUGUGAGGUCCACCCUGCAGCCCCUUGGGCUUUGCCCAAUUAGCUCCUAGGAGAACGUCUUUUUUUCAUGUUCUGUGCUUCUCUUGAGCUACUCGCACCCUCGCUUCGCUCCUGUGCUUCGCCUCCAUUUGGGGGGACAACGUCCCCCCUAAACCCCCCUUGGGCUUCGUCCAAAUCACUCCUUCCACAAUUUCGUUCUUAUAGCUCCUCUGCACCCCCCUGAGCUUCGCCCAACUCUCUCCUUCCAAUGUUUCCUUCUUAUACUCGCGGGGGGGAGGGACUCCAUACCCCCUGCACCCCCUUCAAGCUUCGCCCAACUAUCUUCUUCCUCCUUCAAAACAUGUGGUAACAAACCUGUCUUGACUCUGAAACAGGUCAAAUGGGGUUGGAAGGUUGAAACCAGCAAAAGACACUUCGGGUACAUCCUCUCAUUGUACUGUGAAAAUUUAAAACACAUUUUUUUAAAAUUUCAUUCCGCUGUAGAAAAAAAUUGAUCAAUUAACGCAAUUCUGUUCCCGUUGUUGUGCGUUUCUCUAUACCAAAAUUUUCAGAAAUUUCCUGCAUAAGCAUACGAAGAAAAGAGGACGCAUUCAAAGUGGAAAUACUAGUAUAGGUAACAAUUUUGAGCAACAAAAAUUGUUUAUGAGUGAACUAACAUUUCAGUUCAAAAGACUGCAGUUCCCUAAAAUUAAGUGAGUCCUCAAAGGGGGGAGGGGGGAAAAUAUAAAAUUUUGAAAAAUUCAACAUGGGUAUGAAUGUAUUGGUUUUUUAGGAUGCUGAAUUUAAUUUUAUGGAUGGUUGGAUCCCUAGCCUUUUGUACAUACAUAUAAUUAUUCAAGUGGAAAUUUUAGCAAAGAAGGAAAGCGUUUUUUUUGAAUGCUUUUACUUUCAAGCCAAGGUAUCAAUGACACGUGGUAUUUUCCUAUUCUCGCGCAUUCUCCAUUUUAAUAGUAAUUUUCACGUUGAAAAUACAAAAAAAAAAAAAAAAAAAAAUAGCAGUUAUGAAAAUUGGCAUUGCAAUUUUUCAUUAUUUUGUGAUGAGCAGGAAUGCCUCCACUACGUAUAGUAGUGCCUAUAGUACUCACCACGUUACCUAGUUAUUCUUAAAAUAACUAGGUAUCGUAGAUAUUAAAAUAUCUAUCGUUUCCCGCGAAACUACUUUUUUACCUCGUUGAGAUUUGAAGGUUAUGAGGUGAUUUUUACCUAUAUUUCCCAGAUUCGCAUAGGGCUCGUCUCUAUGUGAAUUCUGUUCGAUCCUCACUUUAAGUUCAAUCCACGGCCGCGAUAGAUCUUCUCGUCAACGACCGACUUCGUGUCAACUAUGGACUAUGUCCAUCCUCGCUCUUUAAUCAAUCUUUUUUAUUACCCGCUUGUUCGGAUAAAAUUGUGUAUUUUAACAUAAAUAUGUGGAAUAAAUCAAAGGAGUGACCCAUAUUUCGGUAUUUAGGAUCACCUCCCAUUUUCCGGACUUGGGAGUGUGUACCCAGAUGAAUAUGUACAAGAGUAAAUCAUAAUUAUCGAUUGGCCUAUUAUUGGAGAGCCACCGAAGAGAUAAUUAAAGCGAACAGUUAAGGUAAUGGAAAAGGCCUUUCUAAAUUAUGGAGUGCGUUCCUCCACCUAGAAUUAAUUAUAACCUUAUCGUAAUUAAUUUAAAUGACAGCGAGAUGACUAAAUACUGUCAUUCAUACUCGUUUCGUAAUUGUACUUUAAAUAAUGAUCGAUACUUGUAUGAUUAUUAUGUAUCUUAUUUCCUUUAGAGCUGCAGAGAUUUGUUCCUCUGCAGUCUCCCUUCUUAGAAUUAGGAAUAAUGCAUCCUUCAUUCAUAAGAUUUUCGACUUGUAUUGAAUAUAAACCUAAUACAGGAGGUCAAUACUAGUUGUUUUGAGUUUUAUUUGGUAGCAAUAAUCUCAAUUUAUAAUGUGUGGUUAUUGGUAGGAAGACCAAGAGCCUUUUCACUGAGCUAGUCUGGUUCUAGGGAAAUAUUCCUUCCCUAAGGAAUAUUUCUUGGAUUUUUCACAUAGGCAUUUAAACGAAUAAUAUUCACGUCACGUAUUUAUUAUCUCCCUCUUUACCUAACACAGUCUCUCUCCCUCUAACUAUUACAAUUUUUUUAUUUAAAAUGAAGUUUUAUGGGUGAUCCGUCCGCAGAACGGGUAAUAUUUGCUUGUGAUUAAUAUGUAUACCUAUUACUUAAUAUGUCUGCAGGGUCACCGAACCAAACGUACAUGAAUAAGUAAUUACUAAUUAGGUACUAAUACCUAUAUCGUAUGUAGAAGAAAUUCACCACAAACGGUAGCAGAAGACAACACAAUACCUACGUUGAACUAGUAUAAAGGAGCCAGCUGUGUUCGAAUUUAUUCCACUGCUUUCAUUUGUAUUUUACACAACAUGAAUCUUAAGCUUUUUUCUCACUUAAUCAUGACACAUCUCUUAUCUGAGUGGUGUUGCGUCCUGGGCCAGGAUUCCGAAGAGGCUAUGAACAUCGAUGCAAUGGAUCAGAAAUUACUUGACAAAGUAUCGACGUAUGCCCCCAAUGUGUACGCAGCAGUACGGAACCGGCUGGUUAACAAACAAAUCGAAUUUCAACAAUACCGUGGAGAAUACCGUGGAAAAUACGACCAGAAAUGCCAAUCUCACGAAGCUGAAAAGGCUAAAAACGAUAAAAAUGUAGCGCAACUUGCCGUCUACGCGGAAGUGGCCCAAUGCAUAAAAAUUCGAGAUUGGAUCGUAGAUAUCGAAAAAAACUUCCCGCAAUGGUUGAGUUAUUUAAGUGUCAACCGUUUUAUAAAGUGGGUACUAGCUUUAAAAUAUGCUCAAGGGCCCGUUUUCGAUUAUUUAAACCGUCUCCUACAAGCGUCUGAGGUAUCGAUUGAAACCUUCGCGAACGAGAUACAUUCUUUAUACGAAGACAUGUCCGCCUCCUUCGCACAUAAGUUACCCAGCAGUGUGCCAAAUCCUACACGAGAAAACAUACCAAAGUUAUGUCACUUAGUUGCCGGAAACAAUAAGGGCAGGAAAACAUCGUGUAAAGUCCUAUUAGAGGCCAUGUUCACACCAAUGGAUGCUUCAUCCUCCAAGAGUAUCGCAUCUAGUUCUACAACUCCCGAUCCCAUGCCGACAAAAUUUUACAUCAUAAUUGCGUAUUAUAAGAACCCGAUGGAGGAAAGUAUAGUGGCCAUAAACACAUUAACAAAAAUUGUAGAAAGUAACUCGGAAUUUAAAAAGGAAAAGUGCAAAGUUUUGGAAAAAUUUAUCAUUGGCCCGGCGACAAUCGAUAAUACUCAAUUUGGUAAACAAAAUCGGAUGAAUUUACCAACCAUUAUCAUCCGAGUAGGAUUUCCAAAGAGCUUACGAGGCCAAUCCAGCACCGAAUUCGAACUAUAUUUUUCAGAGCUGCAGUCUUUGAAGAAAAGUAUAAAGGCUGACCUAACCCUACCCAAACCAGGAAAAGAAAACUCCAUACCAGACAUUCUGAUGCCAAAUGAGUUUAUAUCUCAUAAGUGGUUCCAGUCAUUAACGGAUCCUACACAAGAACAGAAACCAGCAGAUGAAAAUCACAUUUCCGAAGAAAAAAGCAAAUAAGAUAAGAACUGCGAUCCUCUCGUAACUAUGUAAAUAACAUUUUUUCUUUUAAAAAAAUCUGGCCCCAUUGGUAUAAUCUUUGAAUUUGCGCCGUUGGAACACAAUUUCAAAAAUCUCACCCAACCCAGGAUCUUUGAAAACAUCCGUGUUAUGAAAUUUCAGACGAUUUCGCCAGCUCUAUAUCAAGCGUUUGAAAACUUGUUUAUUCCAUCAUUUCAGGAUUUUCCACGUUAUCGUAUGUAGGUAGUUGAAUUCGAUCAAUUUUUGGUAGCUUCCAAGUUAUUUUUAGCCUAUGAUGAUUUUACGUUUUUUAGUAAUUUUGCUACUAUUCGUGAUUUAGCACUAUUUUUUUCAUAACGAACCAUUUCAGCGAUAUUUUGCUCAAUUUUUCACAAUAUUUCAUCAAUUUUCAGCCAAUUUAAACAAUUUUUGUGGCAUUUAAAUAAUCUCGAUUUACCAUGUGACAUUCACAAUUGAAAUUGAAAAAAAAAAACCAUCAUAAUUAAUAAUCAUACAAA